UGAGUCGGGUCAGCGGUUUUCAAAAUUCAAAAUGCCAAAAUGCCUAAGUACUUCAUGUACUCUUAUUAUAGUGUAUUUAGAACUUCUCUAUAAUUCUCUCACAUUCCCUGUGUUUCCCUGCAUUCCUCCUUCGGCAAGAGAUGAAAGUCCUGUCUGGCAAGUUAGUUGGGCACAUCCUGUGUUUGGAAAUCUCUUGGCUUCAUGUUCUUAUGAUAGGAAGGUUAUUAUUUGGAAAGAAACUAGCAAUGGAUGGGCAAAACUUCAGGAAUUUUGUAAUCACGAUUCUUCAGUGAACGCUAUAUGCUGGGCUUCUCCAGACUACGGCUUGAUGUUAGCUUGUGGUUCAUCAGAUGGCUCUAUCUCAAUUUUAAGUAGUUCAGGUGAUGGAACGUGGGAAACAAAGGAAAUAAAUAACGCACAUACGAUUGGUUGUAAUGCUGUUAGCUGGGCACCUUCAGUCUCACCAGGAUCAUUACUAGAGCCUGGAUCAAAGUCAGGUGUUUUAGUGAAAAGAUUCGUCACUGGAGGAUGUGAUAACUUGGUAAAAGUAUGGAAAGAGGUUGAUGGACAGUGGGUGGAGGAAGAGGAACUAGAAGCACACAGCGACUGGGUUAGGGAUGUUGCCUGGGCCCAUAAUGUUGGUCUUCCUGUCAGCACCCUAGCAACCUGCUCUCAGGAUUGUCGUGUAGUAAUCUGGACAAAAAAUGAAGUUGGAGGAGGAUCAUGGACUUCAAAGGUUUUAAAAAAGUUUGGUGAUGUUGUGUGGCAUGUGAGUUGGUCAGUAACUGGAAACAUUUUAGCUGUAUCUGGUGGAGACAACAAGGCCACUGGGCCAUCACAAUCAUAA